AUGGCAUACGAUAUCGAGACAACGAAGGCUCCAUUAAAGUUUCCAGAUUCAGCAGUGGAUAAGAUCAUGAUGAUUUCAUAUAUGAUUGACGGAGAGGGGUUUUUGAUCACCAACAGAGAAAUUGUAUCUAAAGAUAUUGAAGAUUUUGAAUAUACCCCCAAGCCUGAAUACAAAGGUGUUUUCACAAUCUUUAAUGAAGAGACAGAGAAAGAACUGUUGGUUAGAUUCUUUGAUCAUAUCAAAGAAGAGAAACCUACAGUAAUUGCGACAUUCAAUGGUGAUUUUUUCGAUUGGCCCUUUGUUGAAGCUCGAGCUGCUUUCCAUGGGAUCGACAUGUAUCAAGAAAUAGGUUUUCAAAAGGACGCCGAAGAAGAGUACAAAUCCACUCACUGUGUGCAUAUGGACUGCUUUAGAUGGGUUAAACGUGAUAGUUACCUGCCUCAAGGUAGUCAGGGUCUAAAAGCCGUUACCACAGCCAAGCUAGGAUACAAUCCAAUAGAGGUUGAUCCAGAAAUGAUGACUCCGUAUGCUAUUGAGCAGCCACAGGUCAUGGCAGAAUACUCUGUAUCAGAUGCUGUUGCCACCUAUUACCUGUAUAUGAAAUAUGUGCACCCCUUCAUUUUCUCCCUUUGCACUAUUAUUCCACUAAAUCCAGAUGAAGUGUUACGAAAGGGAACAGGUACUCUUUGCGAAAUGUUACUGAUGGUGCAGGCUUAUAAGAAUGGCAUCUUGUUGCCCCACAAACACAAAGAUCCGGCAGAAAGGUUUUACGAUGGUCAUUUGAUUGAGAGUGAGACGUAUGUGGGCGGUCACGUAGAGUCACUGGAAGCAGGAGUAUUUCGAAGUGAUAUUCCUACAGAUUUUAAUAUUGAUACCACAGCUAUCGAUGAACUUCUCAAGGAUUUGGACUCAGCUUUAAAUUUCACGAUUGAGGUGGAGGCCAAAAAAAAGGUCAGCGAUAUAACGAAUUAUGAUGAAGUCAAGGCAGAUGUUACUGCAGCUUUAAUAAAGCUCAAAACAGAUCCAAAAAGACAUGAGAGGCCAUCCAUAUAUCAUGUCGACGUCGCCUCCAUGUAUCCCAACAUCAUGACUACCAAUCGAUUACAACCAGAUUCAAUGAUCUCAGAGGAAGACUGCGCGUCUUGUGACUUCAACCGACCGGGUAAGACAUGUGAUAGAAGACUCCCAUGGGCAUGGAGAGGAGAAUUUUUUCCCACGAAAAAAGAUGAAUACCUCAUGAUAAGAAACUCUUUACAAAACGAGAGAUUCCCAGGUCGAUUCCCUGAUUCUCCGAGUCGAGACUUCAAAGAUUUGAGCUCAACUGAACAGGCUGCAGCAAUAAAAAAGCGGAUUACUGAGUACAGUAAGAAAGUAUAUCACAAAGUUAAGGUAACUGAAACUAUUGAACGAGAAGCAAUUAUCUGCCAACGUGAAAAUCCCUUCUAUGUUAACACUGUCCGAGAUUUUAGAGAUAGGCGAUAUGAAUUUAAAGGGUUACAAAAGGUCUGGAAACGUAAGGUCGAUGAUAUUCCUGCUUCGGAUGUUAGUGGCCGUGAGGAAGCUAAGAAGAUGAUAGUUUUAUACGACUCUCUCCAAUUGGCUCAUAAAGUUAUUCUUAAUUCAUUCUAUGGAUAUGUCAUGAGGAAAGGAUCACGGUGGUAUUCCAUGGAGAUGGCAGGGGUGACCUGCUUAACUGGUGCAACAAUUAUUCAAAUGGCAAGGUCAUUGGUUGAGAGAAUAGGAAGGCCUCUUGAAUUAGAUACAGAUGGUAUUUGGUGUAUAUUACCAAAAACAUUCCCUGAAGAUUUCACAUUUAAUCUAACUGACGGUAAGAAGCUCCCUAUCUCAUAUCCCUGCGUUAUGUUGAACCAUCUUGUCCAUGCUAAAUUUACGAAUCAUCAGUAUCAAAUACUAGAGGAUUCCACUACUCUUCGCUAUAAAACUAUCAGCGACAACAGUAUUUUUUUCGAAGUAGAUGGUCCUUAUAAGGCUAUGAUUCUUCCUACCUCGAAAGAAGAGGAUAAGAAUCUAAAGAAGAGAUAUGCUGUAUUCAAUCCAGAUGGUUCGCUGGCUGAACUGAAAGGGUUUGAAGUGAAACGUCGUGGUGAGCUUAGACUUAUUAAAGCAUUUCAAAGCCAAGUAUUUUCGGUUUUCUUAAAGGGAACAACAUUAACUGAAUGCUAUGCCGAAGUAGGAAAGGUAGCAAAUAGUUGGUUAGAUAUUUUGGACUCGAAAGGCAAGACUUUGGAAGAAGAUGAUCUGAUAGACCUCAUUUCUGAGAACAGAAGUAUGUCAAAGACAUUGCAAGAAUAUGAAGGGAUGAAGUCUACGUCUAUUUGUACCGCUAGACGUUUAGCUGAAUUUUUGGGCUCUCAAAUGGUAAAGGACAAAGGUUUGGCAUGUAAAUAUAUCAUCUCUAAGAAACCUUUGGGAGCUGCCAUCACUGACAGAGCGGUUCCAGUUGCUAUUUUUUCUGCUGAGACUAGUGUUAAAAGCCAUUACCUCAAAAAAUGGCUAAAAGACCCUGGGUUGGAUGACUAUGACCCACGAUCUAUCCUGGACUGGGAUUAUUAUCGGGAACGUCUUGCCUCCACCAUCCAGAAAAUGGUGACGAUUCCAGCUGCUCUUCAACAAGUGUCUAACCCAGUUUCUCGAAUCCAACAUCCUGACUGGUUGCUUAAGAGAAUUAGUACCAAAAACGACAAGUUGAAACAGAAGAAGCUGUCGUCUUUUUUCUCUACUGGCAGUAAACCUAUGACCGAUGCUUCGAAUAAAGUGAAUCAAUUAUCUGGAUCAAUUUUAAACAACGAUCGCAUCCAUGACAUUGAAGAUUUAACCUUGGGUGACGCUCGAGUCACAACGGCAAAAAUAGGAAAGGUAGCUAUGAAAAGGAAAGGCAAUAAUUCUGAAGCACAGUCAGUGGCCCUGCAAGAGCAGUUUGUGUCCCUCUCUUUGGAAAUGCCCUCACCAGAGGAAGAUUACGGAGAGUGGCUCCGCUAUCACAAAAAGAAAUGGGCAAUUCAGAAGCAGAGUCGUCAAAAUCGUCAGCAUCUUUUUGGAGAUUCAAGUCGCAAGAUUGGUGUGUCUGGAUUGAUUAUGCAACAAACUGAAACAGCAUACUCUAACUCAUGGCAAUUCCUCCAGUUCUGUCCCUCAGAAAAAGGUGGCGAGGCCCGUGCUUUUGUCUACAUCAACGAUAAGAUCCAGACGAUCAGAAUUAAUGUUGGCAGAAGACUAUAUGUUAACUUUCGUCGUGCAACUCCUUCUGUCUAUGAACUUCCAAAUUGUAAAGUUGAAAAGGUGAACCACACACUACCCAAUGGACGCACGUCGGAUCACUUGUAUCGACUCCAUAUGAGUGAAUCAGCAUAUGAAACUGAAAUGGCAAAAGCUGAUAGCGUUCUUAAGCAUGCCAACAUUGAGGGUAUAUAUGAAAGCCAACUCGGUGCCGAAGAUAGGUCUUUACUUGAAUUGGGAUGCACAACUAUAUUAGACAACUCUAAGCCUGGUCUCUUGGGUGCUGGUCUUGAAAAGGGAUUUUCGUUAGAAUGGUUGAAACCAUACAAUGAAGUUUACUUGCUGAAUUCCAAAUUGAACUAUUUGUUCCUGUGUCAUCUUGUAUCUCAUGAGCUUCAAGUAUUUGCAUUGGUUCCAAGUUGGUCGAGCCAAGCUUUUGUCUUCGUGUUAAGACCAUCUAGGUCUGCUCAAGGUCUCCCUAAUCUUAGCAAGUCGUAUGAAGAAUUCCUCAAGGAAAGUAAUGUCUCGAUGGAUCCUGGCAGUCCAAUCUUCAACUAUCAAGAUCAGCUGGUAUUCGAAGAAUCUUACUUUGAUGAUAUUUCUAAGUUAUAUAAAAAGCUGGGACAGGCUAUUACCAAGCUUCACAGUGAAAAUGCGACCAAGGCGAUAUUGUGCAUCCAGUCACCACAAGCCGGCCGGCUGAAGAAGUUACUGAGGCCCAUAAACGAUUUUCCCAACAUUGAAAUACGUUCAUCAACAAUGGCUAUUCCUCAAAUUGGCUGGCAGACUGCUGCUGCCAAACGGAUUUGCAAGUCCUAUCUCAGUCUGAGAUCUUGGAUUGGGCUUUAUUGCAGACUCUCAAGAUACUCCGAUGUACCAAUUGGAAAUCUUAAAGGUGAUGAUAUACGUUACUUGAUCGAUGUUAUCUACGCUAGACGCUUGCAACAGUCUAAUAUAGUUCUUUGGUGGUCAAACAGUCCAAUUCCGGAUAAUGGAGGCUCAGAAAAAGACAGCAUUUUACCCCUCAUCGACCCUGUGAGUCUGCCAACUGUGAACAAUUCUGGCGUCUACUCGAAAAUUUGUAUAGAUCUCCAAGUGAGGAACUUAUCUGUCAAUACCAUAUUGACUGCCGCGAUUAUUAAUGAGGCAGAGGGGGCGGAUCUUGCUGGGUCUAUAGUUCAAGGAGACGGAUCAUCUAAUUCUACACCUUUUGUUGAAAAUGCCUUCUCCACGCCGGCUCUUGCUGUGCUAAGCAAUCUCGUUAAAGAGUGGUGGAACCAAGCUCUGGCAAAUGACGAGACAGCCGAUGAUAUGGUGAACUGCUUCAUCUCGUGGGUGUCUUCUUCGAAUUCAUUUCUGUAUGACCAGACACUCUAUUAUCAUGUCCAAAAUUUAUCAAAGAAAGCAUUCAUUCAGUUGGUUAGAGAGUUCCGAAAAGCCGGCUCACAACUUGUAUUUGCAGAUCAAAAGCGCUUUGUUCUCAUGACUCCUAAGAAAAUUCUUGAAAAUACCUAUUCCUAUGCAAAUUUUCUGAUCAAGACAAUCAGGUCGAAGCCUCUGUUUAAUUUCCUGGAUAUAUCCCUCACAGAGUAUUGGGAAGUCCUAGUAUGGAUGGAUGAUGUAAACUUUUGUGGCAAAUCCUGUAAAAGUCUUUCUGCCAGUGGGAAGGAUACCGUUCAAACCUUUUUCAACUGGCACAUUGGUAGAUUCCUCCCACCACUUUUGCAAACAGAAUUCGAGGAGUCGGUGUUGUCAUUUAUGGAGAAGUACUGUGAUUAUAGAGAUCAGUUCCAGAAGAAACAACAAGAAACUCUUGGUGUACGCCAGACUCAAAUAUCCAGCACUGCUCUCCAACGGGUUAGUACGGAUGAGGAUAAUAAUGACAGCGAAAUAGACAAUCAUUUUGCAAAUGGCAUUUUUGAAGCUAUUAGGCCGCAGCUUGUAAAGCGUGUCAAGCAACUAUUGAAAAUAUACUUGGAUGGAAAGUCAAACCCAGACAUAGCUGUUCAAUUUGAAUUUCCUGUUCUGGCAGGAUCCCGCCUGCAAUUGAGCAAUCCAAUCACACAGUUCGUGAAGUCCUUGUGUGCCGUAUAUGGUCUCUCCAAAGAGCUGAAUUUGGAAUCACGGACACUACGAAGAAAUUUACUAAGUAUUCUUGGUAUCAAGGAGUUCACUGAGGAGGCAAGUUUCAAGAACCCCAGUGCCUCUUUGAUAAUUGAUAGUGUGGUCUGUGAGAAUUGCUACUUCGUUUGCAAUCUUGAUUUAUGUCGCCAGGACGAUCUUGUUCGAAAAGAUACGGUAGGAAACACAGUAUAUUAUAGCUGGGCUUGUGAAAACUGUGGUAAGGACUAUAAUAGAAUUGUCUUGGAAGAAAGGCUUAUUCAGAACAUCCAAAAACUUGUUACUAGUUAUCAAAUCCAAGAUCUUAAAUGUGAAAAAUGUAAAAAGAUCAAAUCGGAUGAGCUAAGUGUGAGAUGCGAGUGCUCAGGAAACUGGGUGGAAACAAUUCCUUCGAGCCAUGUGCUGAAGUCGAUCGAAACAUAUGACAGAGUAGCACAGUUCUAUGAGUUAAAAUUUCUUCAAGACGUUACAAGCCACUUAAUUUAA